CCGAGGCGCAGGCGUGAGCCGAGUGCCGUCUGCACCUGCAGCCGCGCACCCGUCACCAGGACACAAGUCUCCGUCACCGUCACCAGCACCCUCUGCUCUGCACUCUGCUCGUGCUGGCCGACCCCCAGCGCCGCUCUCGCGGGCCGGAUUUUUGCGCUCGCCCGUACUCGGUGACGAGCCCUAAAUCAUUUCAGCUACGCACCUGAGGAAAAAACAGCUCCUUACAUACCACUACGACUACAAGAACUGCGGCGUGGGACUAAAGGUCAGAACAGCAUUCUGGAUUACCUGAAGCUGACGCUUCGGCCGGUGACUGGUGCGAGGUGCCGCUUGCGCUGCCUGGUGGGCGUGGAGCAAGCGAGGCGAGAACUUGCCGGCAGCGACCUGCCGUACUGCCCGCCCGUCCGCAUCCGCACCCAAGGAGGAGCGCUCCGCACGGCUGUUCAGUUUGCACGCAACGACAUUUAACUCCCAGCCGUGGUCGCUUCUGUACACUGACGACUGUCAGUACCAACAGCAGCUACAUCACUCAAGGUUUAGCGGAGGUAUGAGGGAGUCGCAGUGAGGGGCGCGCCCGACGCCGCCGGCCAUGGAAGCCGCGUCGCCGCAGGUGGGCAGGCGCGUGCUGCGCUCCCGCAGGAACAGGAGGGCGUGCACUUCGGGCGCUGAGCAGCGGCUGGCGAAGCGGCUGUUCACGGCGGACAUCAAGCAGCAGCUGAAGCGUUGGCUUCUGCGCCGCCGGGACAACCCGUACCCCAGCCGCGAGGAGAAGCGGGCGCUCGCCCUGCAGACGGGACUCACCUACACACAGAUCUGCAAUUGGUUUGCCAACUGGAGAAGGAAGUUGAAGAAUGCAGGCUGUGGAACGGAACACCACUGCACAUGGACAUCACUCAUCAAAAAUUACAGCAGGAAGACACAAGGCAACAUCGAGAGAUUCAGCAUCGCCUCAGAUGACAGUAUCUGGGAUGAAUGUGACACUGUCGAUACUGAGCAAGAUGGUGAAGUAGAGGUCUCAGAUGGAUUACCUGCACUAUCUUAUGUUGCUAACGCAACAGCAAUGGAUCACAGUUACUCAGCACUGCACCGUGACCACCAGCUCCCUGCAGUCGAAAUGCCAUAUGUCAUGGAUGCCUCCAGUGUACACCACCAGUCAUGCAACGUCACCUCACCUCCUACCGAUUCUCACAUGUCUGAUCUCAGAACGUUACCACCAAGGAACAAGUACAAAAGUCACAUGAUGCACAAAUUCCUCAAUGACAGCAGGCGGAGUGAAAACAGUGAUCAACUUGUCCAAAUCAUUGACAUGGAAACAGGAUUGCCUCCAAAAGCGGACACGUGCCUCAGAGAUAAAUGGCUUGAAAGUGCUCAAAAAUUCCAACCUAGUAAUAGUUUUGUGACAUGGUCAGCCAGAAACAUAACAUGGAAAGCAGUGGCGAAUCAAGACUACAGGAAGGCUCACAGGCUGAAUGUCCCAGCGCUACAAGCAGAAGAGCCUGUGUUAUCAACAGCUGGACACCACCGAGAGGAGCUCGAUGCUGCUUUAGCACUUACCUGCCUCUCUCAAACACAGCAUUGAAGUCUCUGAUCCUGCUUCAGCUGCAUAAUAUAUGAUCUCUUAACAGUUGUAGUCUGAUGUUCAGAUUGCCUACUGUGAUAUUUGCUACACUCUUACAUAAACAUCUUUAUCUGGAAAGAAAAGAUUGAAUCACUCAUCAUACAUUUGGGCUUGCAUUGAUAACCAAUAAGUUCCAUACAUAAACAAAGAUUGUAUGCACAUUUCAAGAUUUUUUCUUGUUACUUGAAACUAUAAAGUAAAAAGCAAAAUACACAAACAGUUCCUGUUGUAGACAGACGUUUA